GCCGCCUCCCGGGGCCCGCAGAGAGGCCUGGCCGCCGCGCGCCGCUCUGGCUCCCAGUCCCUGGAGGAGGCGGAGGGAGCCCGCAGCUGCCCGGCCUGGGCACCAUGCAGCCGGGCAGGCGGUAGGGGCAGCCCGGGGCCAUGGCCACCUGGAAGCGGGACGGCCGGGUGACCGGCUGCCAGCGGCUGGGCUGCGCCGGGCUGGCCGGGGCGCUGAGCCUCAGCCUGACCGCCCCGCUGGAGCUGCUCACCGUCCUGGCCCAGGUGGGCACCUCCCCGCCCUGGCGGGGGCUCUGGCAGGCGGGCCGCAGCGUCUGCCGGGCCGAGGGCAUCGGGGCCCUGUGGAAGGGGAACCUCACCGCCUGCCUGCGCCUCUUCCCCUACAGCGCCCUGCAGCUCGCCUCCUACCGCAGGUUUGUCAUGCUCUUUACGGAUGACUUGGGCCACAUUUCCCAGUGGAGUGCCAUCAUGGCCGGAAGCCUGGCUGGCAUGGUUGCAACCAUAGUGACUUACCCUACCGAUGUGGUAAAAACGCGACUCAUAGUGCAGAACCGGUUGGAGCCGUCUUACAAAGGGAUUCUUCAUGCUUUUUACAUAAUUUAUCAUCAAGAAGGAUUCCUGGCACUUUAUCGCGGUGUUUCGCUGACUGUAUUAGGUGCUAUCCCAUUUUCUGCUGGCUCGUUCUUUGUUUACAUCAAUCUGAAUAAAAUAUGGCAAGAGCCCAACUUUCGCUUCUCUCCUCUUCAGAACUUCAUAAAUGGCUGCCUAGCAGCUGGGGUAGCACAGACACUCUCCUUCCCCUUUGAGACCGUAAAGAGGAAAAUGCAGGCUCAGAGUCCUUGCCUUCCCCAUUAUGGAGGGGUUGAUGUCCAUUUUACUGGCGUGGUUGACUGUUUUAGGCAAACUGUAAAGACCAAGGGCGUACUCGGACUCUGGUGUGGACUCACAGCCAAUCUGCUCAAGAUUGUCCCAUACUAUGGUGUUAUGUUUAGCACCUUUGAGUUCUGCAAGCGGGUCUGUCUCUACAGAAAUGGUUAUAUUGAAUCUCCCUUAAGCUACAAACUAAUUCCUGGAGUGGACCAGAGUUUACAACCACAAGAGUUGCAAGAAUUAAAGUUUCUCCGAAGAAGAAAUUUUGAGCCGCCGAAGCCAACUCUUGAAAAUUGACAUUGGAAAGUCCAUUAAACAAAUGUAUGUUGCAGUCAUUCUCUGCCAAGUCCACAACCUGAAGAAAGCGUAGCAAAAAGGAAGACACAUUGCACUAGAGGUAGCAACACUUCAGUUUACUGUAUGGCCUUCCCUGGGAUUGAAACCCCCAUGUCAAACAUGAAUAAACCUUGUAACUCAUGUA